AGAGAGAGCGGCUGAGAGUGUCUGUACCAUGCAGAGAUUCGGAACUUAUAAACUUCAUGAAAAGCCACCAAACAAAGGACGUUAGCACUGAAAUAGUGAGGAGUGUGCUGCAAUCAUGCAGAACCACGUGACUUCACUGCUGGUGGUUCUGCUGCUCCUGUGCAGCUGCACUGGGAUCCAAACCCUCGACACUGCGCCCGUCCCUCUGUUUACCCAGUCUGUUUACAAUGCUACCAUUUAUGAGAACUCUGCUGCUAAGACCUAUGUGGAAAGUCUUGUCAAAAUGGGAAUCUACAUCACAGAUCCUACUUGGGAAAUACGGUACAAAAUCAUGUCAGGAGACAAUGAGAACCUGUUCAAAGCUGAGGACUAUCAAUUGGGAGACUUUAGUUUUUUGCGAAUAAGGACCAAAGGAGGUAGCAGUGCCAUUCUUAACCGGGAGGUUAGAGACCACUAUAUUCUCACAGUCAAAGCCAUGGAAAAGAAUUCAAAUGAUGAGGCUCGAACACGAGUCAGGAUUCAGGUACUGGACACAAAUGAUCUUCGGCCAUUGUUCUCCCCAACCGCUUAUAGCAUAUCUUUACCAGAAAACACAGCUAUUCGCACAAGUGUAGCCAAGGUGAUGGCGACGGAUGCGGAUAUCGGUACAAACGGAGAGUACUACUACAGCUUGAGAGAAUGGACGGACGUGUUUUCGGUCCACCCCACAAGUGGUGUAGUUACGCUAACUGGAAAGCUGGACUACUCUGAGACAAAGCAGUAUGAAUUAGAGAUUUUAGCAGUGGACCGAGGCAUGAAACUGUAUGGUAGCAGUGGAUUUAGCAGCAUGGCUAAGUUAACGGUACGAGUGGAGCAGGCCAACGAGCAUGCACCGGUCAUCACUGCUGUAACCCUAGCACCUUCAGACACUGACAAGGACCCUACUUAUGCUGUUGUGACUGUCGAAGACAGUGACCAAGGUGCUAAUGGUGAGAUAGCAUCUCUCAGUGUGGUUGCAGGUGACCCUCUUCAGCAGUUUAAAGCCAUGCGCACAAGUCCAGGCAGUAAGGAAUAUAAAAUCAAAGCAGUCAAGCAGGUCGACUGGGAUAGUCAGCCCUUUGGAUACAACCUAACACUGCAAGCCAAAGACAAAGGAAGUCCACCCCAGUUUUCAUCCGCAAAGGUCAUCCAUGUCAUGUCUCCCCACUUUAAAGUAGGGCCUCCUAAGUUCAGUCAAGCUACUUACAGAGUCAAUGUGAGUGAAUUUGCACCACUGAACACACCUGUUGUAAUGGUAACAGCUGUGCCAAAGUAUCCUCAACUUAAGUAUGCAUUUAGACACAAAUUGGAUAAAAAUAAUUUUGCCAUUAAUGCAGAUUCAGGCUUGAUUACAACAGCUGGGCCCCUUCAUGCAGACUCCGUGAACAGAUAUGAAUUAGAAGUUAUGACCAGCGACAAAAAAGCAUCUGCAAAAGUGAUUAUCAAUGUGAUCGACGUGAACAACAACGGCCCAGAAUUCAAACAGACAUCUUACAAAGCUAGCGUUGAUGAAAAUAUGCCCAUAGGUACUAGUGUACUAACAGUGAAAGCCACUGAUUUAGACAGUGGGGAAAAUGGAUAUGUCACUUACAGCAUUGCCAAUGUGAAUCCCCAGCCGUUUGUUAUUGACUACUUCUCUGGCAUUAUCAGUAGUUCAGAGAUUUUGGAUUAUGAACUGAUGCCAAGGAUUUAUACCUUGAAAGUCCGGGCGUCAGACUGGGGUUCCCCUUUUCGACGUGAGGUGGAAACUCAGGUUACAGUCACACUUAACAACUUGAACGACAACAAGCCACUUUUUGAGAAUGUGGAUUGUGAUAUAACUGUGCCAAGAGACCAUGGUGUUAGUGAGCAGAUCACAACCGUGUCUGCUAUCGAUGCUGAUGAGUUGCAGUUGGUGAGGUACAGAAUAAAAGCUGGGAAUGACUUGAAUCUGUUUGAAAUAAAUCCAAACUCAGGCGUUCUGUCCUUAAAGCAGCCUUUGAGUGAGGGUGAGGCAGCAAAAGUGUCCUAUCACAGUUUGCAGAUCAUAGCCAGUGAUGGAGAACAUGAAACUCAGCCCAUGUUUUUGAACAUUACGGUCGUUACGGUACGUAAACCAGUCCAAGUGAAAUGUGUUGAUACUGGAGUUGCCAGCAUGCUGGCAGAAAAGCUUCUGCAAGGAAGCAAGAUCCACAGCCAAAACGAACCCGAAGACCACUUCCAAGACUUUCACUCUGUGAACCGCAUUGCACCCCAGUUUGUAGAAACUUUUCCCAGUGUGAUUGAGGUCAAGGAAGACGUGCCUGUUGGGGCCAGGAUUGUCCAUCUUAGUGCCAUGGAUUCUGACAGCGGUUUUAAUGGAAAACUGGUUUAUGUUAUCUCUGGGGGUGACGCUGAAAGUUGUUUCGUCAUUGACAUGGACAGCGGAUGGCUCAAAGUGUACGCACCUCUUGAUAGAGAAACAACUGAUCACUAUACAUUGAACAUUACCGUGUAUGACCUUGGAAUACCCCAGAAGUCAUCUUCACGUCUGCUGGAUGUAAAGAUCCUGGAUGCUAAUGACAACAGCCCACAGUUUUUACAGGAAGCAUACUCGGUGGACAUCAGCGAGAGCACUGCGGUGGGCACAGAGAUCAUUCAAGUUGAAGCAAAAGAUAAAGAUCUUGGUGAUAAUGGUGUGGUCAGAUACUCCAUAUUGGCAGACACAGAUCAAUUUGCUAUUGAUAUGGAAACCGGGAUCGUUACGGUGAAGAAGCCUCUAGACCGGGAAGUGCAACCCAGUUUUAUUCUCAAGAUAGCAGCUCGUGACCAGGCCGCUGGUGAACCUCAACUUGUCUCGACUGUGUUGCUUAAAAUCACACUGGAGGAUGUAAACGACAACCCUCCGAAGUUUAUUCCUCCAAAUUAUCAGGUGAGAGUUCGUGAGGAUCUACCCAUUGGUACUGUUAUAAUGUGGCUAGAAGCUCACGACCCAGAUGUUGGGCCAUCUAGCCAGGUACGAUACAGCCUCGCUGACAACGGGGAUGGGAAAUUUGAAGUAGACAAAUUGAGUGGCGCCGUACGAAUCAUGCAGAAUCUGGAUUACGAGAAAAAGCAAGUGUACAGUCUCACAGCAAGGGCAAAGGACAAAGGGAAGCCGAUAUCUUUGUCCUCAAGUUGUCACAUUGAGGUGGAGGUUGUGGACGUAAACGAGAAUCUCUACAGGCCAUUGUUCCCAUCAUUUGUGGAUAAGGGAUUUAUCAAAGAGGAUGUGCCCAUUGGAACAUCAGUGAUGAAAAUCACAGCUCAGGAUGAGGAUAAAGGAAGAGACGGAGAAAUCCGUUACUCCAUUCGGGAUGGAUCGGGUCUGGGGAUCUUUACUAUUGACGAAGAAACUGGUGUGAUCCGAACACAGGAACUGCUGGACCAUGAGACCGUACCUCACUACUGGCUGACGGUCUAUGCUACUGAUCGUGGUGUGGUUCCGCUGUCUUCCUUCGUCGAGGUCUACAUCGAAGUCCAGGAUGUCAACGAUAAUGCCCCACAGACCUCCGAACCUGUCUAUUAUCCAUCCGUCAUUGAGAACUCACCCAAAGAUGUCUCCAUCAUCCAGAUUGAGGCGUUUGACCCAGACACCAAAUCUAGUGAAAAGCUGUCCUAUAAGAUCACUAGCGGGAACCCCCAGGGUUUCUUCAGCAUCAACCCUAAGACUGGUCUGGUCACCACCACGUCUCGGAAGCUGGACAGAGAACAACAGGAUGAACAUAUUCUGGAGAAUGACAACAAACCACAGUUUAUGGAGAAAGUCUACAAAAUCAAACUCCCCGAGCGUGAAAAGCCAGAGAAAGAGCGUGCACUCAGGAGAGAUCCUGUGUACCGCGUUAUCGCUUCAGAUCGAGAUGAAGGGCCAAACGCUGAGAUUUCCUACAGCAUCGAGGACGGAGACGAACAGGGAAAGUUCUUCAUUGAGCCCAAAACUGGCAUGGUUUCCUUUAAGAAGUUUUCUUCUGCUGGAGAUUAUGAUAUCUUAACGAUUAAAGCAGUGGAUAAUGGUCGACCCCAGAAAUCAUCCACCUGCCGUCUACACAUUGAAUGGAUCCCCAAGCCGGAGCCGAGCGAAGCCCCUCUGGCAUUUGACGAGCCAUUUUACUCCUUUUCUGUCAUGGAGAGUGACCCCGUGGCACACAUGGUCGGGGUCAUCACUAUGGAAUCUGUGGAAACACCAGUCUGGUUUGAAAUAACAGGUGGUAAUUCUGACAGUCGAUUUGAGGUGGGGAAGGCGAGUGGGACAGUGAUUGUGGCCCAAGCGCUGGAUGCAGAGCAGAAAUCCCAUUACAACCUGACGGUGGACGCAACAGAUGGCACCAGAUCUGUCAGCAUGCAGGUUCUUAUUAAAGUGAUCGACACCAACAAUCAUCGCCCCCAGUUCUCUAAGUCUAAGUAUGAAGUGAAUGUCCCUGAAGAUACCCUGCCUGACACAGAGGUGUUACAGAUUACAGCUACAGACCAGGAUGAGAAGAACAAGCUAGCCUACACCCUCCUCAGUAGCACUGACCCAUUCAGUCUACGCAAGUUCAGACUAGAUCCUGGAACUGGGGUGUUGUACACUGCAGAGAGACUAGACCAUGAAACCAUGCACCAACAUACACUAACUGUCAUGGUACGAGAUCAGGACAUUCCUGUGAAGCGGAACCUGGUGCGUGUGAUUGUAAAUGUGCAGGACACCAAUGACAAUGCACCUUGGUUCUCUGGUUCACCAUAUGUGGGCCGUGUGUUUGAGUCUGCUGCAAUUGGCUCUGCAGUGCUUCACGUCUCUGCUCUUGACAAAGACAAAGGGCAGAAUGCUGAGAUCAUCUAUAGCAUUGAGUCAGGAAAUGUGGCCAAUUCAUUUGCUAUUGAUCCUAUCCUGGGCACCAUCACUGUGGCAAAGGAGCUGGACCGUAGCAACAAGAACCGAUUUGAGCUAACUGUGAAAGCCUCUGACAAAGGCACACCACCACUUAUUGCUACUGCUGCUGUGGACAUAACUGUCACUAUUUCUGACAAUGCCAUUCCUAAAUUUGAAGAGAAGGAGUUUUCUGCUGAAGUCAGCGAAAACACUCUGCCUGGAGCCUUUGUGUGUCUAGUUACCGCCAAUAGCAAAUCAUCAGUGUUCUAUCAGAUCAAAGACGGAAAUGUGAAGGGAGCAUUUGACAUUAACCCCAACUCUGGAGUGGUUGUGACCCAUUCAGUUUUGGAUUACGAUACUAUUCCAUCAUACAAACUAACCAUUCAGGGAACCAACAUGGCCGGUCUGGCUAGUAACACUACUCUACUGAUUCACUUGAAGGAUGAGAAUGAUAAUGCACCUAUAUUUAUUCAAGAUGAGUUCACUGGAAUGGUCAGCGAGUCUUCUCCAGUGAACAGUGUAGUCCUCACCAAAGACAACACACCACUUGUCAUCCGUGCUUUAGACACUGACCACGAUGCUAACUCUAGACUGGUCUAUCAGAUUGUUGAGCCAUUUGCCCAUAAUUACUUUGCCAUCGACUCUAGUACUGGUGCAAUCCGAACCAUCAGCGAAUUGGAUUACGAGCAAAGAUCUGUGUUUCGCUUUUCUGUACAAGUACACGACAUGGGAAUCCCCCGUCAUUUUGCAGAGAAGGCUGCUAACGUGACUAUUGAGAUCCUGGACGUCAAUGACUGCCCGCCUCAGUUCAACCAAGAUCUAUAUGAAACCACAGUCUUAGUGCCAACUUACAAAGGAGUGGAAGUGAUCACAGUCAAUGCCACAGAUGCAGACUCAGGUCCAAAUUCAAGGCUCUUUUACUCUAUUGUCAAAGGCAAUAUUGGAGAGAAGUUUAAAAUGGACCCGGCCACAGGGGUUAUCACUAUUCAAAAUGUCACUCAGCUUAGAAGCAGGUAUGAGCUCAGAGUAAGGGUGUCUGAUGGCAGGUUUUCUAAAACGGCUUUGGUAAAAAUAAAUGUCAGAGAGAAUAAGGAGAGUACUCUGAGGUUCACCCAAGAAUCAUACAAGGCCUCUGUACCAGAAAAUUCCUUAGAGAAGAAGACUUUAGCUGUAAUAGUUGCAGUGGGAAACCAAGUCAAUGAACCUUUGUUUUAUAACAUUCUGAACCCUGAUAAGAGAUUCACAAUAAGCCGUACUUCGGGAGUACUCUCCUCUACAGGCAUACCCUUUGAUCGAGAAGAGCAAGGCAUAUUUGAUAUUGUGGUGGAGGUGACCAGAGAAGACAAGUUAUCUGACAUAGCCCAUGUCCUUGUAACUGUGGUAAUCGAAGAUGUCAAUGACAACCCACCGGUGUUUGUCAAUUUACCCUAUCAGGCACUGGUGCAGGUUGACACAGAAGUGGGUCACAUCAUCACAAAAGUGACUGUGGUUGAUGCAGAUGUUGACAGAAAUGCUGAGAUCAACUACCAUCUUCAGGAGCUAAAUGAGUUUGUUCAGAUCAGCAUGGAUGGUGAAAUCUCACUAACAAAGAAGCUUGAGAAAGACUCCCUUAACACUGAAUUUGUAAUCACCAUUGUAGCCAGAGAUGGAGGUGAACCAGCACUUUCCUCAUCUGUUGAAGUGCCAAUAAUGGUUGUAAACAAAGCAAUGCCUGUGUUUGAGAGAGCCUUCUACAGUCUGGAGAUCCCAGAGAACAUACCGUUACUGACACCUGUUGUACACAUCCAGGCUAAUGACUCUGAAGGCCCUAGAAUAGUGUACACAAUCACAGAAGGGGACCCUCUCAAUCAGUUCUCCAUCAACUUCAAUACUGGUGUUAUUCAGGUUGUAAAGCCUUUGGAUUUCGAGACCCACCCAGCCUAUAAGCUCAGCGUAAGGGCCACCGACUCGCUAACCGGUGCCAAAGCUGAAGUCUUUGUUGACGUGAUCUUGGAAGACAUUAAUGACAACCCACCUGUGUUCCAUUGCAAACUGUACAAUGCAAGCCUUUCGGAAGCAUCAGUGAUCGGCACGUCCGUAUUACAAGUAUCAGCUACAGAUGCUGAUACUGGUAACAAGCAAGUGCUCUUUUAUCAGAUCAUUGAAGAUAAAGAUAAGAGCUCUGAUUACUUUAGCAUUGAUCAUGACACGGGCACAAUCUGGACUACUCAGAUGCUUGACCAUGAAGAAAAACCCUCACAUAAGCUGAUAAUUAGAGCAGUUGAUGGUGGAGUACCUGCCCUUUCCAGUGAGGUCAUUGUGUUAAUUGAUGUAACAGACCUUAACGACAACACUCCACUGUUCUCACAGAAUGUCUAUGAAGCUACGGUCAGUGAACUGGCACCUCGUGGCCACUUUGUAACCCAGGUUCAGGCUUCCGAUGCUGACAACUCAAAUAGUGGUAAACUUGAAUUCUCAAUUAUAUCUGGAAAUGAGGGGCAAAACUUUGCAAUAGAUCCAAACACUGGGGCUAUAGUCAUAUCAAACCACCGGAAACCCCAUAUGGAGUCCCUCUACAACAUCAAUGUGUCUGUAUCAGAUGGUGUAUUCAGAAGCUCAGCUAUUGUCAAGGUCAAUGUUAUUAGUGCUAACUUCCACAAUCCUACAUUCAACCAGGUGGAUUAUGUGGUUGAGCUUCUUGAGAACUCUCCAGUUGGAACAUUGGUAGCUGAGGCUCAAGCAACAGAUGAGGACUCUGGUACAUAUGGAAGACUCAAUUAUCAUAUAGUCAAUGACAUUGCAAAAGACAAGUUCUCAAUCUCUGAAAAUGGAGAGAUCUUCACUUUGGAGAGUCUUAACCGAGAGAAUGCACUGGAAAAAGUAAUUCUGAUUUCUUUGAUUGCUAAAGAUGGUGGUGGCAAAGUUGGCUUCUGCACUGUAAAUGUGAUCUUAACCGAUAUCAAUGAUAAUACCCCGCAGUUCAGAGCUGCUGAUUACAGAGUUAAUGUUGCUUCCGACAUGCCAAGAGGAACAACCAUACUUAAGAUUGCAGCGUCCGACAUGGAUGAAGGUAGUAAUGCAGACAUCACCUAUUCUAUUGAAGGAGACGCAGACAAUGUUGAGGAGAAUUUCGAAAUCCACCAGUUUAGUGGUGUCAUUGUAACAAAGGAAAGCCUCAUUGGAUUGGAGAACCAGCUCUACACAUUUCUUGUACGAGCAAAAGAUGGCGGAAAUCCUGCUAAGUCCUCUGUUGUUCCGGUUUAUGUCAAGAUUCUUGUUCCCGAGGUUCCGGUGCCAAAGUUCAUAGAGUCCCACUACAGGUUUGCCAUAGAUGAAGAUCUUCCUCUUGGUUCAGAAAUAGAUGUCAUUCAGGUCGAAAGUGAUCAGCCAGUCUUUUACAGCCUGGUGAAAGGGAAUACUCCUGAGAGCAACCAAGAUGAGGUAUUUGUAGUUGAUCCCAGCUCAGGAUCUUUGAAGCUGGAGAAGAAGCUUGACCACGAGAGCACCAAAUGGUAUCAGCUAACCCUACAAGCACAAAGCGAAUAUGAUGGUAACAAAGUUGUCUCUGCUGUGGACAUCAGUAUCCAGGUCAAGGAUGUCAAUGAUAAUCGACCGCUCUUUGAGUCAAACCCUUAUGAAGCCUUCGUUGUGGAGAAUCUCCCAGGUGCCACCUCUGUUAUACAGGUAAAGGCCACAGACUUGGACUCGGGCACUAAUGGCCAUGUGGUUUACAAUCUCGAUUUCAACCAAGAGACAAGGGACAUUGCAGAACUGUUUGCCAUUAACAGUGAAACUGGAUGGAUUACCACAUUAAAGGAACUUGACCGUGAGAAGAAAAACAAGUACACUGUUUCAGUCUUAGCCACUGACCGUGGAGACAAAGUCCAGCUGAUGGCCAGUACCAAGGUGGAUGUCACAGUGGUAGAUGUAAAUGACAACCCACCAAGGUUCACAGCAGAGAUCUAUAAAGGCACAGUAAGCGAAGAUGACCCACCUGGUGGAGUCAUUGCCAUUCUUAGCACUACAGACCUGGACACAGAGGAAAGUAACAAGCAAAUCAACUACUUUAUCACAGGUGGAGACCCCUUGGGGCAGUUUGGCAUUGAGCAUACUCAAGGCGAGUGGAAGGUCUCGGUGCGGAAGCCUCUCGACAGGGAGGAGAAGGACAAUUACUUGCUGAACAUUACGGCAACUGACGGGACCUUCACAGCCAAGGCUGUGGUUGAAGUCAAGGUCUUGGAUGCCAAUGACAACAGCCCAAUUUGUGAGAAGUCAUUCUAUAUGGAAAGCGUCCCAGAGGAUUCCCCUGCUGGUAGGCUUAUCCUGCAGGUCUCUGCCACAGAUGCUGACAUCCGUUCCAAUGCACAGAUCUCCUACGAGCUGCUCGGGGCCGGAUCAGAGCACUUUAGCAUUGACUCUGAGACAGGUGAAUUAAAAACACUGCUCCCUCUGGACCGUGAAGAAGAGGAGGCGCACAAGAUGAAGGUGCGUGCUCUGGAUGGAGGUGGACGCUUUUGUGAAGCAGAAGUUGAAAUCACAGUCGAAGAUGUCAAUGACAACGCUCCACAGUUCACCUCUGACCCCUAUACCUUCACUGUGUUCGAAAACACAGAGAUAAACACACCUGUGGCUCGACUGUAUGCCUCAGACCUGGACACAGGUUCUAACGCAGAGGUCCUCUAUUCACUGCUGGACUCUGCUGGUGGUGUGUUCUACAUCGAUGAGGAGACAGGCGUCGUGCUUCUGGAUCGUCCUCUGGACCGUGAGCUUCAGUCACUCUACACCCUCCGUGCUCGCGUCACCGACCGUGGGAGCCCGCGCCGUCUCUCCUCCCUCACCACUGUCAGUGUUUCCAUCUUGGACAUCAACGACAACCCUCCAGUGUUUGAGCGGCGCGAGUACACUGCCACCAUCGCAGAAGACAUUCUGGUGGGCACCCAGGUGUUGCGGGUACACGCAGCCAGCCGAGACACAGAAGCAGGUGCUGAGAUUACAUACUCCAUUAUCAACGGAAACGAGAGAGGAGCGUUCCGCGUCGACCCCCAUACAGGCGGUGUCUUCGUGAUCGAGCCUUUGGACUAUGAAACGGCACAUGAGUUUUAUCUAACAGUGGAGGCUACAGAUGGAGGAACGCCACCGCUCAGCGACAUGGCCACAGUGAACAUUAACCUGACUGAUGUAAACGACAACAACCCCAUCUUCAACCAAGAUAUUUACUCUGCUGUGAUCAGCGAAGACGCAGAACUGGGAAAGACCGUGCUCACUGUCAUGGCUGAUGAUGCAGAUGGUCCAUCCAGUAAUCAGGUGCGAUACUCCAUCAUUGAUGGCAAUCAAGGCAGUCCUUUCACCAUCGACCCCAUCAGAGGAGAGGUCAAGGUGGCCCGCCAGCUCGACAGAGAGAAGACUUCAGGUUACACUCUGACUGUGUUGGCCUCUGACAACGGAAGCCCGGCUCGUUCCAGCAGCGCUACAGUCAACAUAGAUGUCUCGGACAUAAACGAUAACCCACCUCUCUUCUCUCAGGCAAACUACAGCAUCAUUAUACAGGAGAACCAGCCAGUCGGUACCAGUGUCCUCCAGAUGACCGUGUCUGACCGUGAUGCCUCCCACAAUGGACCUCCUUUCACAUUUUCUAUCAUCAGUUGGAACGAGGGCGAUGCCUUCCAAAUCACUUCUCAGGGCGUGCUGGUCUCUGCGGCAACUCUGAGCCGCCAGACCCAAGAGUUCUACCUCCUGCAGGCCCAGGUAAUAGACAGCGGUCGGCCACCAUUGGUCUCCACAGCAUUUGUGAGUGUACGUUUGAUCGAGGAGAGCAUCUACCCUCCUGUCAUUCUUCCCCUGGACAUCUUUAUCACCACAGCAACAGACGAAUAUUCAGGUGGGGUGCUGGGUAAAAUCCACGCCACUGAUCAGGAUGUUUACGACACUCUAACCUACAGCCUCACACCCGAUAGUUCCUCCGCCUCCGAAAACUCUGGCCUCUUCUCUGUCUCUCCUGCUGAUGGGAAACUUGUAGCCCGUGGGAAUCUGGAUGCUGGUCAAUACGUCCUUAACAUUACAGUGACAGAUGGCCGUUUUACUGCAGCUGCCCGAGUCAAUAUUCACGUUCGGCAGGCAACAGCACAAGCUCUCGAUAACUCCAUCGCCGUGCGAUUCUCUGCAAUAGCACCGGAGGAGUUUAUCGGAGAUUAUUGGCGGAACUUUUUGCGAGCUUUACGGAACAUCGCCGGUGUCAGACGCGGAGACGUGCAGUUAGUCAGCUUGCAACCUGCUGCCGAUGCCUCCGGUGACCUAGAAGUACUUCUAGCUCUAGAAAGGUCAGGAAGUCCAUUCCAGCCCCAGGAGGUGGUGUACAGGAAGCUGAACGCCUCAGUUGGGGUAAUCGAAGAGAUGACUGGAGUCCGUAUUGUACGAGUUGUGAAGAAACUCUGUGCUGGUUUGGACUGUCCUCUUAGUUACUGCCAAGAAACCGUUUCCUUGGAGACGGGAGCAGUGUCGGCCUACAGCACGGCUAGGAUUAGUUUUGUUACGCCACGUCACAUGCGCACUUCCGAAUGUCUCUGUGAAGGAGCUGAGUGUACUGUCCUGAGUAAACUCUGUGAGGGAAGCCCCUGUCCUGAUGGCCUGGAGUGUGUAGAAGACCCCACACAGACCAAAUUCAAAUGCAUCUGUCCUGAGGGAAAACAGGAAGAGUGCUCAGAGCGUCAGUCAUUGACAUUCAGCGGAAAUGGAUAUGCGCGGUACAGGCUGAUGGAGAACGAGAAUAAGGAAGAAAUGAAGCUGUCCCUCAGACUGAGAACAUUUUCCACCCACGCUACUGUCAUGUAUGCCAAAGGCACAGACUACAGCAUACUGGAGAUUGUGAACGGCCGCCUGCAGUACACAUUUGACUGCGGCAGUGGUCCUGGUGUGGUGUCUGUGCACAGUACCCAGGUCAGUGACGGACAGUGGCACACUAUCUCUCUUGCGGUAGAUGGUAACUAUGCUAGACUGGUCCUAGAUCAGGUCCACGCUGCGUCUGGCAAAGCUCCGGGAACUCUCCGCACCCUCAACCUGGACACCAGCAUGUACUUCGGGGGUCAUGCACGGCCAACAUCCGGCUCGGGAAGACUUGUGGUAAAUGGGCUGCGGGGUUGUCUCGAGGGGAUCAUGUUUAAUGGGAGGGAGCUGCCGCUAUCUCAGGUUCGAGGAGUUCACUCAGUCCUGGAGGAGCUGGUCGAGGUGGCUCCCGGUUGCAGCUUGGCUCCUCCACUCCAGGGCUGCUCCAGUAACCCCUGUACCAAUGGAGGCACAUGUUCAUCACUGCCUAACGGAGGGUAUUUCUGUAAGUGCACCGCUGCAUUCAUGGGCACACACUGUGAAGUCACUAUCAGCCCCUGUGCCUCUAAUCCCUGCCUCUAUGGAGGCACAUGUAUCCCACGAGGAGGAGACUUCUACUGCCAGUGCAGAGGACAAUACUCUGGCCAACGGUGUCAGCUGGGUCCAUACUGCACAGAUAACCCGUGUAAGAACAGCGGCAAGUGCAUUGAUAGCCUGGAUGGUCCUGUGUGUGAGUGUGAGCUGGGUUUCCAAGGAGACAGGUGCCUCAGUGAUGUAGAUGAGUGUCUGAAGAACCCUUGUGGCAAUGGUGGUCACUGCCAGAACACGUACGGCUCCUUCAACUGUAACUGCUCUGCGGGCUACAGUGGGCGGCAUUGUGAACUCCUUUCCGAAAUCCGCAACGAAUUUGUCUCCACCUCUUGGAACAUCGGCCUGGAGGAAGUAAUCGGAAUCGUCGUCUUCGUUGCCAGCAUCUUCCUUCUCGUCAUACUCUUCGUCAUGGUUCGCAAGCGCAUUUGCCGGCGCUCAAAGUCCAAAUCUGACGAUGACGACAAGCUUGGCAUAGGCACAGGAGCCUCGCAUGCCUUCCUCCAUCGGCCGUACUUUGACUCCAGACUCAACAAGAACAUCUACUCCGACAUCCCGCCGCAGGUCCCUGUACGGCCCAUCUCCUACACUCCCAGCAUUCCAAGCGACUCCCGCAACAAUCUGGACCGCAACUCGUUUGAGGGCUCAGCCAUACCAGAGCACCCAGAAUUCAGCACAUUCAACCCCGAUACAGUGCACGGGCACAGGAAGACGGUGGCUGUCUGUAGUGUAGCACCUAACCUGCCUCCUCCCCCACCCUCCAACUCUGUGUCUGACAGUGACUCCAUACAGAAGCCCAGCUGGGAAUACGACUACGAUGCUAAAGUAGUGGACUUGGAUCCGUGUCUAAGUAAGAAACCGGUAGAGGACAGUGCCUGUCAUCCUUACAACUCCAGAGGCAGCAUGUCUGAGGUCCACUCUCUCAGCUCCUUCCAGUCCGAGUCAUGUGACGACAAUGGCUAUCAUUGGGACACAUCUGACUGGAUGCCGAGCGUUCAACUUCCUGGAAUCCAAGAGUUUCCUCAUUAUGAGGUAGUGGAGGCCCCACCCACCCUUUACAGUGACCCCGCCCUGCUGGACACAGACUACUAUCCGGGCGGAUACGACAUCGAAAACGAUUUCCCUCCCCCACCCGACUACUUUCCGUCCCAUGAUGACCUGCCCCCUCCUCCGCCCGUGCCGGUGUACGGAGAGUGCUACGACACGUUGCAGCCCACCACACGAGCAUUAAACAGCGCCCCCUCUAGUCCUGGAGGGUCCGGAGUACGCCAGCGCCCACCCUUACCCCAACUCUACAGCCUCACCCAAUUCCUUCCCCACCACCAUUACUCAUCAGACCCCGAACCCCAGACCAACCCCACCAGCACCAUCACGUCGUCCUCCACCGGAGGAUACCGGCGCAGAGGAUUCCCGCUGGGCUACGGCUGUGACUUCAAUCCCCCUGCUGCCGAUAACAUGUCGCUGUCGCUCUACACGUCCACGGCGUCCUGCUCGGACAUGUCCGCCUGCUGCGAGGAGUCAGAAGUGAUGAUGAGCGAUUACGAGAGCGGUGGAGAGGAGGAGGGAGCGCAGUUUCAGAGGCUCGUCAUAUCGCCACUGGACUCUCAACAUCAGCAGCAGCAGCAUACUGAAGUCUGACACUGGAUCCAGAAUAUCAAAAGUGCCUAAAUGAAACCCUGCUACAGGAGACUUGACUGUGUUCAAACCAUAACCACACCACAUACAAGGUACACAAACGUAGUCUUACUAUUAACGUAAAUGCCAAACAUCCAAACGCACACGUUGUAUACAUCUGUAUCUCACUCGAGAGAGAGGUUUUGAAAAGACUUGCUUAAACAUGAGUUCUCUUCUCUAGCUCUUGUGGGCUGUUAUUAAUAUUAUUAUUAUUUAACAGUAUUGGGGAGAACAUUAGACUUGGCUGUACCAUUAAAUAAUAUGUUGAUCAUCAUGCAUAAGAUCAUGCUGAGAUGUACAAUUUACACAGAAAAUAUAACUGAUAUGUUGUCAUGGAUAUUGGGAGAAAAGCUUUCAAUCAUCAAGGUGAUAUCUGUAUUUGUAUAGAUAUAACCAUGCAAACUGAUUUUUUUUAAUACAAAUCCUCAUUCAUUUGUAAUGUACAUUUUAAUGUACAGUUUUGAUUUCACGGUUUAAUAGGUUUUUGUAGAUAUGUUUUGCUUUUUUUCCCAAAAAAGAAAGACAUGAAAAAGUAGUGUACCAACUCAUGGUGUGUCAUUAUCAGCCUUACUGUAUGUUCAUUCACAAGCAAUGAAAAAAGCAUAAGAGAAUCUUAAAAAAAGAAUAAUAAAAAAUGUCAAGGUUGUGAAUGUGUGAUCAUCACAACACGUUCAUUUCUGAAAGGACAUCUACAUAUUCUUGUGAUGUGUUAUGUUUUUUUUUUGUUGUUGUUGUUUGUAAAUUGUGACUUUGGAACAUCUUUAUUUUUUGACCAUGAAAAUGGGACCCAAUAUAUUUAUAGUGCGAGAUUAUUCACAGACAUGUGACUUUUUCAGGGUCUGCGUGUGUGUGUGUGAGCAAUGCUAUGGUCUUGUUUUAUGAUUUUUAUUAAAUACUGCCACUAGCUUAACUGCUUUACUACUGGCAAUAAAUUAUUCUCUAAAA